GGGAGGCUGCUGCACAAGCUUCGACGAACUGAGGAGUUUCGAACAGCCUUGUGUGGCGCUCAGUUGCAGAGGAGUAUCGAGAGCGCGCAGUGCAUACGGAGCUUGGAAGCGCAAAGAACGCGAAGAGACGCUUUCAGCACCACGGACAGAUCCUGAUAUCCUUCUAUUGCCUGCUCCCUUUAAAUAGCGGCUGUCAAUAUUGAGAGACAUGUUACAAAGGAAAAACUCUCAAAUUCUGCUCUUAUUAGCCCUGUGUAGUGUGUUAUAUUCCAAGGCAAUGGGCUUACCUGCACUGGGAACAUACUCAUCUAUGAGGUUGGGAAGUACAAUGGGUCUGGAUGGUGAUAGCGAUAACGAUUGGACAAAGAGCACAUCAAAACAAGACUCUGUUCCCGAAAGCUAUAAACUUUACUAUGAUUUAUCUAAUGGAGCGGAUAGAGCUACAAGACACGCAGACGGCCUUUUCACAAGUGGAUAUAGCAAACUAUUAGGUCAGCUUUCUGCGAGACGAUAUCUGGAAUCACUUAUUGGGAAAAGAGUAAGCAAUGACCUUUUAGAUGAACAGAUGCCUGUUAAGCGCCACUCUGAUGCCAUAUUCACAGACAACUACAGUCGCUUUCGAAAACAAAUGGCUGUAAAGAAGUACCUAAAUUCUGUUUUGGCUGGGAAGAGGAGCCAGGAAGACAUGAAUCCAGCAGGCCUUCCGGAGGAUGCGAGCAUCAAUGAAAACUUCUCGGAAAACUUAGACGACGUUACAGUUGAUGAUCUGCUGAAUCACAUCCCGCUGACUCUCUGAACUGGACCCUCUGGAAGAAAUCACAUGAUGAGUUACAUUCUUAUCCGUUUCAAACUUUUACAAAGGAGAGAACUUCGGUACUAAAACCAAAUUUAAAAUUAUGAUAUAUUUUGUUUCUUAUAUAUAAAGAUACAUGUAAAUAUUAUAAUUUAAUUCAAGAGCUAUGCCUCAGGCUGUAAAUAUGUAUGCUAUUCUUUAGUUCUCGACUACAAGAUGAACUAAACUGAUGUAAAUCCUUAAUUGAAUAAAGGCAUUGAUAUAAGAAUUGUAAAGCUGCAUAAUUCUGAACUGCUGAAGUAAACAUUCUCAGAAAGCUCGGGUCUGUAGAUUGUGCUCAGUGUUGUGGAGAUGUUAUUUUGUUAGCUAAGUAUAGAACAUGAUGGUAUUUACUAAUUUAAGGGUUAAAAAAUAAAGAACAAGCUCUACAAAGUCAUUUUGUGCAACGCUGACACACACAGGUUGUUCACUAUGGAGAUGUGAAGAGCAGUGCUUCUAAUAAUAUAGUGAGUAUUUAAUACGCUGGGCAAUGAUAAUCUGAUCACUCGUUACAGCAGCACAAAUGACUUCGUGAUAGGAUGUGAGCAUUAUUUUCUAUGGCAGAUUGCUAAGAAUGUUGAGUGUGGGGCUGAGCAGUUUUAAACCAAAACACUAAUUGAACAAAGUACAGAUUUGUAACACAAUUAAUCUGUGAAGUUGCUAGGUAUUUACAAAAAUAAUAUAUAUUUUAUUAAACAUGGUCGACUAACAAAAAAAGAGUAUAAUGUUUACUUAUUGGAAAAUAUCACUCUGUAUUCCAGUACACUUGAAAACACCUUUGAUUUCCCUCUUUAUGUAUUUUUUUCAAGAUGAAUGUAACUUCUAAAAUAUGUUACAAAUAAUAAAAAAGAAAGUUUUAUU